AUGUACCAGGCGAAGCGGACCCACCCGGUGAACCUGGGGGAAUACGGGAGGGCCAAGGUGUAUCUGUGGAAGACGGAGCGAACGAGCGAGGAGCUGUUCCAGGAGGUCUCCUGCAAGGUGAGGAACCUAUACGGGCAGAUAAACUACGACGACCUCUUUCACCACCUGCACGGCUACAUUAAGCACAUCAACGCGAGCGAGAGUGAGUUGUUCCUAAGGAGCGAACCCCCCCUAUGCGAGUGCUCAGACAGCAAGCACGCGGACGCAGAUCACGAUGAUGAAACGUUCUUUAACAUUUUUAAAAACGCCAGCUACGUUCGGAGGAAUGGGAGCCUCUCCAUCAGCUACAUAGACUUGGCCGAGAGGGCCAUGAGGGGGGACCGCCUCAAUUUGUUUUCCAAUGUUUUUAUAUCAAUAGGGGUGCACGAGCUGCGCGAGGGGGCAACCACAGGAGCGGCAGCCCCGUCCGAAGCGGGGGCAACCACAGGAGCGGCAGCCCCGUCCGAAGCGGGGGCAACCACAGGAGCGGCAGCCCCGUCCGAAGCGGAAGCAACCGCAGGAGCGCUCCCCCAUGAUGAUGGCGGUGACGGCUUGGGACUUCACCGCACGAGGGAAAAACUGGUGCAGCUGAUCGGCACCUACAAUAACAUCUUUUUCCGAAACAGCUGCGUGUUUGUGCAACGGGUUCUAGUGAUCCCGUCCUCCGACAGGCACGACGACUACAUCAUGGCGGAGAUUAUGAAGAUUAAUGAAAGCUUCCUUUACGCGAGUGGACCUGGGGGGGGGGCCCUCGGGGGGGACGCCAGUUGUGGUGGUGGCGGUGGGAGUGGGAGUGGCCAUGGGAACAGCAAACCCUCCCCAGAGAUUGCCCCCUCAAAAGACGCAUCCGCAACCGCAACUGCAACCGAAGAUAUGAAGGAAACGAAGAAGACGAACCCGUGCGAGUACAUCCAGCAGGGGAACUUUUCCUUGCUGAAGAACUCGGCCUACUACUUGGGGGAUAAGGGGAGGAGCCUGGCUGGUGGGAAGCCCCUCGGGCGUGCAGUGACAUCCGAGAGUGUAGUUCCUCGUAUUGGUGUCCGGGGGAAGGAAGAGGAGGAGAAGACGAAGAACGUAGUUCUUGGCAGCCGCAAAGGAGCCGCUUCGCACAGUAGGGCUUCGCCGGUCAGCGCGCGGGGGGCCGACCCCGAAAGGGAGAGCGCUGUGUGUAGCGGCGUGUAUGGCGGCGCGUCUGGCGAUGCGUACGGCGGCGCGCGGAGCAGCAGCGGGAAAAGCUGCAAAGAAAAGAAGAAAUACUCCUCCAACUUUUUAAGCAUUUUCCAGAAGGCGUCCGCGAAGGAGUACAAAUCGGUGAACGUGCAUUCGUCAAGUGGGGAGGGCCUCUCCUCCGACGAGUGCGUCUUCGACAGUUGGAUCUGGGGCAGCGGUGUAGGAAGUGGGAAGGGCAUCGGAAAGGGCAGCGGUAAAGGAAGUGGCGCGGGCGAGGCCCACAGUGCGCGCGGCGGCGCGGCGGGAGGUGCGUCUAACGCAGACGGGGGGAGGGCAGAGAUGGGCGGAGGAAAUGCAACACCGCAAGAGGGCAAAACAACCACACACGAGGGCAGAACGCCGCGCGAACCCAUCUCCUUCAUCUGCAAGAACGCGCGGAACUUCCGAAUCAUCGUCUUCCUGCCGUCCGUGAAAAGGCACUUCAACAUUCAGUAUAAUAAAUUUUUCCAGGCAGUUAUCCUAAACGCCUUUUAUAUUUUUGUUUUUCUUUUGCACAGUAUGAUGACUAAGGAGGGGGUGAGGACGUACAUGCGGGAGCUCAUGGAGAGCGCGAACUGCCAGUCGGUUCGGGCUGCCAAGGUGGGGAGCGAGAGCGUCUUGGAUCGACGCAGGCGCAGGCCCCAGGAGGGGGGCGUCCCUGGGCCCUGCGGGUCGUUUGGGAAGGCCCCCAGGGGGGAGAAGUGGGAACAGGGGGAAAGGGGUCUAGCUGGCGCGUCGCUUCUAUCCGGCGCGAAUGUCACCCAUGGAUUGGCUGCCCCGGCUGCCCCGCCUGCUGCGCCUACCCUGCAGCUGAAGAAGAGCCUGAGCAACAGGGACCUGGCGAGCAAGGCCCUCCUGGGCAGCCGCAAAAACAGCUACGAUAGCAACUUGUAUGUAAACAUAAAGAGGUACUAUAACGACGUCAAGUGGAGCAUCUUGAGCAAGACGAGUCAGAUCGCAGCCAAGGGGGGGGGCGAGGGGUUCCUCUGCGAGGCGGCCCCCCGGGCGCCCAGGUGCAGCGCGUACGAGGAGGCGCCAGGGGAGGCGGUAGGAGAGGCGGUAGGCGAAGCAGUGGAAGCGGUGGAAGCGGCCUCCAACCUGGCAGUCGAAGCGGUGGAAGCGGGCGCCAACCUGGCGGGCGAAGAAGAGGCAGGUGUGUAUCCCCCGGAGAGACGAGACGGAGAUCCCCUCGCGGGGGGAGUGCUGUCUUUGGAGAGCGCCCAGGAAGAGGAGGACAAGAAGGGGCACCCCGCAGAGGAGCGUGGCGUGGAUGGCGGCACGGGUGGCAGCUCGCAUGACAGUUCGCACCGCGACGACCCUGACCACCGCGACCACCACGAUGAUGAGUUGCGAAGUGACGACUACGACGAUGAGCAGAGUGAUGAGGGCAGCGAAGGCCGGGGUGGCGCGCGCGAAGACUUCUUUGAGGAGGACUGCCUUGCGGAGGACUCCCAAAGUGCAGAGGCGAACGGGGGGGAAGAGGACGACUCGCGCGCGGGGGGGAGACAGCGCCCUCCACGAGGGGCACCGAAGAAGAAGGGAGCCAAACGGAGCAACAACGCACAUGUGGGAGCAAACAAAAAAUAUGAAAAGAGAAAAAACGAAGGAGAUGUGUUUCUGCUGCUGGGAAGUCCCCUCGAUUCGAUGGAAACCUACCUGGAGUGCUACGAAAUGAUUAAGGAGAGUGGUGAUGAGGAUUACCUGUCCGAGGGGAACAUCACCUUCUGCAUAGUGCUAAGCAUGUACCUAUACGUUACACAGAACUGGGGUCACUUCUGCAGACUUAAUAACAAUGAGAGAUACACCUUCCGUUUUGCAGACGUCGUUGAGAGCAUAUUAGUCCAGACGUAUGAGAGACUGCUCCCGAGCAAAUACACCAAUUAUGCAAAUUUCUUCUUCGACGCUUCUUCCUAUAGUGGGUCUGUAAAGGAGAGAUCCUACCACCCCUACUACCACAACGUUCAUUUUUCUCUCUACAGUUUUGACCACGCGAGUGACUCUCCAUCGUCGGGCAUGAAUAAGAACAUAAGCUCCUUCAUAAAUGUGCUGAAUGAUUAUGAUAAGGGGGAAGACGAGGGGGAGGACUACUCCGGGGAGGAGGCCAAUGAGAAAGAGCUACACUUCUUUAGUGUCUCUAUUAAGGGGCACAACACGUUGCGGUAUCUGCUUGGGUUUAUAGAGUACAAGCUAAGUGAGGCGUUGACCCUCAUGCGAAAUGGGUGCCUUGUCUCGCCAGGUGAGCCGCCCCCCGGUGAGCAGUCCCCCGGUGAGCAGUCCCCCGGUGAGCAGUCCCCCGGUGAGCAGUCCCCCGGUGAGCAGCCCCCCGGUAAGCAGUCCCCCAGUGUAGAGCCCCACAGUGGUGCCCCUCCCCUCCCUGCACAGGAACUCUUCGCGGACUACCUCCUAUGCUAUUUGAAGUACCUCCUAGCGAUUAGAAAGAAGAGGCACAUCUUUACAGCCAUGCGAAAGUACUCCUGCGUGACUGAGCGGUUCGGUCACCACCUGUACAUUCGAUUUUACCUUGAGCUGGCCAGCAUAUAUCAUCAUGUCGGGGCCAGCCGGAAGUUCUCUUUCACCAUUUACCUCCUCUGCACCCGCUUCUUCGAGAGCAGGAGGUUCUACCUGACGUAUGUGUUUUUAAAUAGCCUCCUCCCGUUUUACGGCCUCCCCUGUGUGGAGGUGGGCACGCUAGGGGUAGCUGGGUUGGAUGGGUCAGGUGUGUUGGGUGUGUCCGCUGCGUCCGCUGUGUCGACUGUAUCCGCUGCUUCCGCUGCACCCAAUGGCAGUGGCGAACGGGGCGGCCACCCGGGCGACUUCCUGAAGAGGGUCUUCGCCAGAAGGGGGGGCGGCGUGAACUUCCCCAUGCGCUGGUUGCGGAAGGCGAGCGAGGCGCACCAGGAGAGGCAUGAUAAGCGGCAUGAGAAGCAACAAGGGGAGCCACAUCAGAAGCUUCAAGCGGAGCCGCAUCAGAAGCUGCAAGGGAACCACGCCGAAGAGAAGAGCCAGGGGGACGUCCUGCCAGGGCAGAGCGAUCGACACAUGCACGUCCUAUUUCGCAGUGUGCUGGACGCAUCCAGCAGCUACAACGUCAAACGGUUGCUCUCACUCGGUUUGGGAGAAAUGAGCAUGAGGAGCUUCUUUUGCCUGAACAUGCAUGGGGAGAAGCUACAGAUUUAUAAGAAGCAAAAUAGGAGACGAUAUAAUGGGAAGCUGCAACACGGGGUGCUGGCACUACUCAGUGAAGUUCUUGCGAGACUCAAUUUGCAGAGCGAGUCCGUCGUGUGUAACUUGCUCCUGCUGUUUUUCUUGGCGAAAGUGCUGACGAAGGAGGUGCAGCGACUCAUCCUUUGCAACGUGUAUGAGACGCUCAGGAAGAGUGAGCGGCACAUCUGCUUCCCCCCCUUUGUUACCCUCGUCAUGGAUGAGCGCCAGAAGCGGAGGAGCAGGUCCUACUUGAGGAGGCUGGUUCGGGGAGGGGACGUCUGCCUUGGUGGGGUUCACUCACAUGGGGAGGCGGCUCCCCUGGGGGGGUGUCCGUGCGGCAGCCUUUCCUGGGAGAGUUCCUCUUCGGGGAGCUCCUCCUCGGAGGAGGACUCGUCGAGCAGCGACUCGGUGGGGAAGAGCUACCAUGGUGGGGGUGGAAGCUACCACGGUGGAGUGAGCAGUUACGACGAUGGGGUGGGGAAGGCCCCCCCCAAAAAGGAACCCAAAGAAGGCACACCGAAGAAGCAAAGGAACAACAGAGGGAAAAACAACCCACAGAGACGAAGGCAGAUUCACUUCCUAUGCGGGUUGACCGAAGGAAGGUGCGCACCCUCCCCAGUGCUACUUAACAUAGAAUACAUAAACGGCUCGAAAAAUUAUGAAAGAGUUUUUAAAAGGGUGAGUGUCCCUCAGUCGACCAACAAAGGAGUGGAAGAACCCACUGAGGAGAUAAGAGACGUCUUUAAGUAUAACCCCUUUUGUGAUGUGCAGAGGAAUGCGAAGAUUCAUAACCUGUGCGAGAUGGGGAGAGUAAACCAGGUGGAUGUGACUCUAAAAAACACACUCGCCACAAAUUUAGUUUUAAAUAACGUACGACUGAUCACUUCAGGAGUUGCCAUCGAAACGUACGCAUCGAACGUUGUGUUUCUCAUGUCUAGGAGGAAAAAGCAUGCAACCAAGGUUCGCCUCUCCUUCAGAGCCAAAGAAACGGGUCUCCUAUUCCUCCUGGGGGUGUCCUACAGCAUCAGCUGCCUCCACUUCGAGCAGUACCUCCUAUACGACACGUCCGUUCUUCGGAGGUGCUUCAUGGGCGACGGGGUUGGGAGGGUCUCCCCUGGCGAAUCCUCCGCGGGCCCCCCCCAGUGGGAGAACCACUCCGGAAGUGCAAAUUGCGCGCAUAAAACGUAUGAACAUGUGCAGGUGGAAAUGGCUGAGGUAAACCAACACAGGGGGCGAUCCUGCGGCGCUGCGGAGAUGGGAAGUGGUGGGGAGGGCGCCCACGCGGAGGGAGAGUCCACGUGCCCCCGUCACGACAGAGGCGGUAGUGGCGGCAGAACCAGCGGAGUCAGCACAGAGGGGGUCCCGCCGCUGAGCUACGCGCUGAAGAUGUCGAACACCUGCUCCGUCUUUGUGAUUCGGAAUUACUUUUGCGUGAACUCCGAAAUUAGCCUUUUUAACUUUAGCAGGUUCGUGGACGUGCAGGCGAUGCUGCAUGAUGAGUCCCACCUGGAGAGGUUCUGCGCGCCGUCCGCGGGGGGAGCGGCAAGGGGAGUGGAAGCGGUUGGAGGGGGGGCAGACGAAGUGGAAGCGGUUGGGGGGGCGACUCCCAAGAUGUCCUCCCUGUCUGUGUCCUCCUCGUCCGCGGAGGGGCGCCACGAAUCUCAUGACCAAUCGGGUCGCCCAUCCGCACGCUCAUCGCGUCGAUCGCCGAGCUGCUCGUCCGGCGCGCCCUCCUCGGAGCAGACAGACCGCUCAAGCGACGAGGAGGAGGCCAACCUGAGGGGAAGCGAUCACCUGGAUGAAGCGAAUGACAACGAGUACUUCUCCACUGACGCAAGACACACAGAGUUGCUCGAAGGAGAAACAAAGUUCCUGUGCCUCAUUCUAGAAAACAAGAGUUCCCAUGUAGACAUAAAGUGCCUGAACGUGCAGGUAAAAUAUAAGCAUCGAAUUUUGGGGGAUUUUUUUUUAAAAUUUUUUUUUAAUUUGGCAUUUCAAAGGAAACGUACCUGUGGAAGUGAAGAGAAGGAUGACGUGAUUCGUUUUAGAGAAGGGGAGCCACUAACAGUUAGAAGGGACCAUUGCUUGUAUAUCCCCAUCAGGUGCAUCGGCUCCAUUUUGAUUAACGAGUGUGACGUACGUGUGGUUUACUCGAAUGAAAAGAACAGCGCCUACUACGCAGUCCAAAAAAUUAAGCUCCGCAUCAGCGUCCUCAGGAACGUUUCUGUGGACCACCUGUUCUGCUUCCCCUACGUGAGUUUUAACUGCACAGACGUCCUAAACGAAAUGGUAAAUGCGGAAGUAUACAGCGCGAGUGUUGUUAAGGCCUUGGGGAGAGUUGCGGUCGCUGGGGAGGCGGAGGGCGCAGCCGAGGGGGGGGACAAGAACACGAAUGUAAGCGCGAACGAAAUCCGUGUGGGCAGCCUCCGGGGGAGGAAGCUCAAGUGUGCUGAAAUAAACGUGGAGAGCUACUUCCAGGGGGGGGGAGAGCGACGGCUCGCGCCGAGGAAGGACCUGACCAUCUGCACGGACAACAAAUACAUUUUUAUGGAAAUGGCCAUCCGGAACUUCAGCGGGCACGUGAACUACUGCUCGGCGAAGAGGGUGGGGAGGAGGCGGCCGACGUGCGUGGUGGAGACAGAUGACCAGCCGAGCAAAUGGGUUCUAUGGGUUCAGAGAAUCAAGCGAAAGAAGAACCUCUCUUUCGCUACCCGAGAAGAUGCAGUCAAGUACUUCCUAUUGUACCUAGAUGUGCACGUGCAUCUGUCCUUCGAUCGGCACAAGAGGUCCGGCCUCCUCAGUCUCUACGGCUCCUACUUGAAUAGUGUCUACCUCUAUGGGAACAAAACGGGGCACUUCUUUCUCAAUUUGAGGAGUGAGGAGCUGACCUCACUGGGGGGCUGCUCACACCAGCAGAGCGCGCCCCCAGCGAGGGGUGGCUCCAUCGGCGAGGCGAAGCGGAGGCGGAGGCGGCACGGGAAAACGGCGCCCAAGCGGGAGACCCUCUUCUGCGCGUAUGCUUUCGAAGCGGCGGGAGAGGGGGAAGAAGUGAGUGGAGCGGAAGAGGUAGACGUGGUGGAAGAAGCGGAAGAGGUAGACGUGGCGGAAGAAGCGGAAGAGGCGGGGCCCCUCUUCCAAAGGAACUUCCCAAACGAAGUGUUCUACCCACCAGUGGUGCUGCGUCCCAAAUUUCACAACUGCAAAAAGAAAAGCAGCGUGGUCAUCCCCAAGUGUUCCAAAGCGUUGAACAUCAAACACAUGAGCGAAAUUGGGAUUAGGAAAAAUUAUUUUGAGUCUUCCGUUGGGGAGUUCUUUGUAAUUAAAAUAUUUUUAAAAAACCUAUCGCCCCUUCAUCUGGGGGAGUAUACCCUGCUGGUUUACCCCUCCAAUUUUAGCUGCAUAAAGCUGAUUGGGAGUUUGAGCAGCAGUGGGUCCCUUGGCCGGGUGGGGGCAGCGGACAACGGCAUGCCCAAAGGAAGAAAGAAGCCGAGACGAGCGAAGAAGAAAACACACCUGCUGCACUCCCUCAACGUGUAUGCUCUGUUUCCGGGGAAAAUUUUAUUUUACAUCGCUGUGUACUUCCAUGCCUACCACGCGUUGCUUUUCCACCACGAGCCGGUUCUCGUGACGGUCGUUUAG